GUUUGGGUGCCCCUCACAUGGUAGAUCUAAUUUAUAGUAUGGUUCUUAGGUACAUAAGAGUUUAAGAAGUGUGUUGUUUUUGUUGGGUUUGGUUUGAUGAUCUGAUGCUAGCAUUAGGUAGUAUACUACAUAAUUUGAUGCAGUUUGUUCGAUUUUAUUGAUGAUCUGAUCGUAGCAUUAGGUAGUAAACUGCAACUGGUUGGGGUUUGUUGGAUUUUAUUGAUGAUUUGGUGAUAGCAUUAGGUAGUGAAACACAGAUGGCUGGAGCUUGUUGGGUAUAUUCAGUUGCAGUGACUUAUGUUGUGUUCUUGAGAUGAAAAGUUAGAUUAGGAAGUUUAAUACGAAUAAUGAGGUAUUUUAUGAUGGCAUUAGGGUGAUGGUCUUGGAUUUCUAGUUUGUUUAGAGUACAUUGGAGUUUUGUGGGUAUGCAUUUUAGAUUGGUGUGUGGGCAUCGGAGAGUCUGUGCCAUCAUUGAAUUUAGGAUGGCUUGUUGGAUUAGCAAAGCUUGACCGCGGAGGACUGGAGCUUGUUGGGUAUCUUCAUUUGCAGUGACUUAUAUUGUGUUCUUGAGAUGAAAAGUUGUAUUAGGGAGUUUAAUACGGAUGUAAGAAAAGCGUUAGUGAUAAUGAGGUAUAUUAUGAUGGCAGAAGGUUGGUGUGUUGGAUUUCUAGUUUGCUGAUUGGAAACUAGAGUUUUGUGGCUGCGCAAUUUAGAUUGGUGUAUGGGCAUUGGGGGAUCUGUGCCAUGAUUGAAUUUAGGAGGAAUUUUUGUCGCCUGGUGCUAUUACUGGUAUACAAGGAUAGUGUUAUUGAUUACGAUCGAUCGAUUGGGUGGGUUAGAUUUAUAUAGUUUUGCUGCAAAAACAUUUCUUGAUAUGUCGCUGAUCAGCAGCUGUGUUGGAUUGUUUGUGAUGUGUGUUGAGUAUAGUCAAUGGCUGGCCGAUUGUUUUUACAACACCUUCAUGCGAGCAGGUCGCCACAAAUUUAUGUAAGGGGGGAAGAUGCUGUAAUUGGUUGUUACGUAUCCGGUUAAUUAUGUAAUUGCAAAACGAUGGUCUUUAAACUGUAUGGGUGAGGAUCGGGAAAGCCCCGGAGGAAAGGGAGAUGAACCCAAAUAGGAAAUCAGCUCUUGAAUUGUCUCUCCGUGCUUAUGCGGAUAAGAAGGAUGGCCCUGUUCUCUGUCCAAGUAUUGGAACAAGCUUUGACUCUAUUGACGAGGCUUAUGAGUUCUACAAUCUUUAUUCAUGGGAAUGUGGUUUUGGAGUUAGGCCCGCGAAAAGUAGACUGAGUGUCGACAGGAAGAGAUGCAUGCAAGAGAUCAUGUGUGCGUGUGUGGGCAAACCAGUCAGGGAGAACAGCCGCUCGUCCAGGUGUGUGGCUGCAACGCCAUGAUAAGGCUCUUGUAGUCAAAUGACAAAGGGUGGUAUAUUGCAGAACACAAAGAUGCGCAUAAUCACCCGCUGUCUUUGACGUGUGGGUAGAAGCUGCACUGGAAGUCUCAUAGACAUAUAGAUAGAUACACCAAGGAUCUAGUGAAACAGUUGAGAGACAAUAAUGUGGGGCUUGGAAAGGUGUUCAACAUCGUUGGUAGUUUUUUCGGUUCAGUAGAUAAUGUGCCAUUUACAAAGAGGUCAUUGAAGACACUAUGUAGGAAACUAACAGAGAGUAGUCUGACAUGGAUGCAGUGAAGACGAUGGAGAUUCUGUCUGAGAUGAAGGCUAAUGAUCCUGAUUUCAAUUACACAGUACAAGUGGAUGAGGAGAGCCGUAUAAAAACACUGAUGUGGGUAACAAGCAGAGGUUUUGAUCAGUACAGGUGCUUCGGAGAUGCAAUAACUUUUGAUACAACAUACCGUACCAAUCUAUAUGAUAUGCCUUUCGGUCUUUUUGUUGGAGUUAACAAUCACUUUCAAAGCAUAAUUUUUUGUGGCGCAAUGAUGAGGGAUGAGAAAGAGGACACAUUCAAGUGGAUAUUCAGGGAGUUCAUCCGCAUGGUUGGCGGGAAACACCCGCAGACGAUUCUUACUAAUCAGGCGCGUGCUAUGGAGCUGGCUAUUGAGGUAGAACUACCAAACACAGUACACCGUUGGUGUAAGUGGCACGUUUUGAAGAAGGUGAAGGAGUCGAUGGGUGUGCUCUGGAGCAAGAACAGUAAUUUUAAGAUGGAGUUCCACAAGCUUGUACAUCACAUGAUCACAGAGGAAGAAUUUGGAGCUGGUUGGCAGGACAUGUUGGAAAAGUACAACUUGAGGAAGCAUCCAUUCCUGACGCAAAUAUAUGAGGUGCAGCAUAAGUGGGCAAAGCCAUAUUUCAGAGGCGUGUUUUGUGCAAAGAUGAAUAGCACACAACGAAGUGAAAGUGCUAACCAUCUGCUGAAGGGUUAUGUUCCACCGGGGUGCCCUAUGCAUCUUUUCUUGAAACAAUUCGAAAAGCUUCAGUUUGACAGGGAGUCAGAAGAGAGCUUCCAAGAGAAGAGUACAUUGCUAAGUGGUGUCUCGCUUCGACUAAACCUGCCAAUAGAGAGGCAUGCUAGCAAGGUGUACACCCGAGCCAUGUUCGAGAAAUUUGAUGAAGAACUAUAUAAAUGUGGCACACAUGUAUUGGAUGAGAUUGUGCCGAGAAAGAUUUAUAAAUCAACCCAUAUAGAUGCGGCGGCAAGAGAAAAAUGGAGUAAGGUAGAGUUCAAGAUCGAAGUGAAUGAUGAUGAGAGUUUUUUUAGUUGCGAAUGUGGCACAUUUGAACACUCUGGCUUGGUGUGUUGCCAUGCAUUGCAGGUUAUGGUGUUCUUCCGUCUAUCGAAGAUACCCGAGAAACAUAUAAUGAAACGAUGGACAAGAGAUGCACGUGAUGUUCUCCCUGCAUAUUUGGUACGGUACCAAAGAGACAGAGGCCCUCCUUCUAGUGACACAUUCAGGCAUCACACAAUGUACAUGAAGGCGCUUGAAUGUGUGUUGCUUGGUGAUAGUAAUGUUAAGUGCUAUGGUGUUUUCAUAGCUAUGAUGAAGGAGGUGCAAGCCGCUCUGGUGCCGUUAAGCAGUGAUAAGGAUGGCAUGGGACUAGCAGAAAGGGAACAACAAAAUCAGCUGCUUGUUCAGAACGAGCAAGAGACACUUGAGUUGCAAGGCUGUGCGACAAGGUCUCAGUGUGAUGGUGAAUCAAGUUGUUCAGUGAUUGUAGGACAACGGAAAAAAUGGCCGAGGGGUAGACCUACAACAAGCCGUGACAAAGCUCUGUAUGAAGAACAUUUGAAGAGAUUGCGGUUCUGCACGAUCUGCAAGAGUCAGGGCCACAAAUGCACAACUUGCCCAGAGAGAGGCGAUGUGCCCAAGGCGCCAAGGAAAUUGCCAAAGUGUUCAAAUUGUGGUGUGCUUGGACACAGGCGUAAUGCUUGUGGCACCAAGAAAUCUGGACCGUUCGAGCCUAAUUUUCUGUAAGCGAGACUGCUGCACGCUGUGCCUUCAUUUUCAUCUUCGCCAGGACCAAGGACUGCAUACGAAUUUGUCAUCUAAACACGCGCAUUUCAUACUUAAUGUUGGCGGUGAUGUAAUUUUUUUCUGUAGGCUGCAAAUCUUAGCUUUGCGUGUGCGAUAGCUUGCUGUUGCUGAUGUUGUGAUUUGUAGAGAAAACUGCAAUCUUUGGGAUAUCAUUUUUAUUUGGGUGUGCUUAAUUGAGUUGGUAAUCGCAAGUCUCUU